CAAUGUCGACUCUCAAGGAGACCGUAUUCAUAACUCGGCCAACGCUCUGCUUCCUGUCGGCCUCGUUCGUGCUAUGUCUGCUCGGGGUAACGCCUAGGCCUUCAUUCUUACCCCUUGCCCUUCUUCUCGCAUGCUUGCGUCUGUAUGGCCGCAUAAUCGCCUGCCGUGAAGGAGCCAAUGCAAAGUUUCGCAAUACCUGGCUGGUAUUAACCGCUGCAGUUGUACUAUCGCAUGCCGGACCUGCGAUACAUGCCCUAUCGACUCCCGCCACAUCUAUCAUCUUUCUGACGCUUUGUGCGGCUACGACAUCUGCGAUUGCUCUGGGCGUCAUUUUCUUAGACAUCAGGCUGAGUUCCAGGACGAAGUCACCCUGGUCCCAGCUCACGUUGUUCCCCGCCCUAUGGUCGUCGGUAUGGGCAAUGUUAGCUCAUACCAGCCCCGUCGGGAGGUUGGCAACGUGGAGUCCGAUCACUGGAAAUUUCCUCUAUCUGUGGACAACUCAUCUAUUCGGUUCCAUUGCCAUCGAUUGGCUGACCGGUGCAUGGUCGGUCGUCAUCACAGAGACGGUGGGCGACUGGUUCAUUGGCUCCGUACCAACUGUGGUCAUCACGAACAGAGAUAGCGAAGUCGAUGACCUCCUGGGUCCUCGCAAUCCUGCCAAGGAUCAGUCUCCCAUGCCGUCCAUCCGGAGGUCACAUUAUGUACUAGGCUUGUUCGGCAUUCUUGUGGCACUCACAGCACCGUCGUACAUAUCCCCUGCAUUGCCCCUUGCCCCAUACUCAUCAGACACUACACCGGUCACAGUCGCCUGCGUUCUUCCUCCCCGCCACAAGUGGAAGAAUGGCCCUCCUGGGCUGGAUGAUUUCAUUACGGAAUCGCAGCGCCUCACUGCAGCCAAGAUUCUGCUGUGGCCCGAGGGAGCCGUGCGGUUCGAUACUUUCCAGGCGAAGGCAGAAGCCAUCGAAAAAGUGCGAGCAAAGGUCUCGUUCACGAACCAUUGGGUUGGCAUGAGUUUCGAGGAAGUAAUGCCUUUCAAUGGCAUCAAUGGAUCUGCCAUUGAACGAAGAAAUGGCUUCGUGCUCGUCGAUAAGACUGGUCCGGUCAUGGAGUACUAUAAGCGUCACCUUGUACCAGUCGCGGAGUCAUUCUCCAUGAGCCCCGCGUCGGACCCGCCCACCAUAUAUACUCUACCUCUUACAAGACCGAAGGAUUUCACUAAAGCCGAGUGGGGCAAUCUCACGCGGCCCAUACCCGUUACUGCGUCAAUCUGUCUGGAUUUCUCCGACGCAGACGCCUUCUCCGCGCUCCCCUCGAAGCCUGCGCUCAUCCUCGCCCCGGCACGCACCUGGGAGAUCUCCGUCGGCCUCUCCAUGUUCGAGCAGGCCAAAGCACGCGCAGCGGAGAUUGACAGCAUGGUCCUGUGGUGCGAUGGGGGUGAGGGUGGUGUCAGCGGGGUCGUGGGCCGCGGUAUCAGCGAGGUAAUGCAGGUUGGGCAGGGCUCAUGGAUGCGGACCAUUGGCAUUCAGUAUCCCUUCGACGAUAGGAAGACAUUCUACAUGAAGGGAGGUGAGGGGAUGGCUUUAAUGGGUAUGUGGGUGUUGUCACUGGCAGGCAUGGGCUCGGUUGGCCGCCUUGUUACCACUCGGCUUGCCAACUGGCGCUCGGCGGGACGAUCGGGUGAAGAGGCGCCCCUAUUAGGAUGAGAUAAACCUGACGAUACCCCUCACCCCCACAGCUCAAGUUUUGAAAUUUGAGGGCUGAUACGAAUGUUCCAUAGGGCUCACAUAUUAUCGCUGUAAGGCUGCUUUCCGAGGACCUUGCUGUCCCAUUCAGGAGCUUUUGAUACAAUAAAAGACAAUCAGGUUCGUGCAGGCUGUAGGUCCACGUGUGCCCGCAUGUACGAGGCUGCACAAUGUAUACGUAGCGGUUAUGAAUCGAAGUUUGCAGGAGACCUGCCUGACCCGG